UUUUUCCAAGGAUGCAAAAACAAAGAAUGCUUAUUUAAGUGGAAGGAAAAACCAAACGAAGGGAAAAGAAGAGAUUUUUGGUUUGUUUUUGAACUUCCCAUCUCACAAUCGCCGACUCAAAUGGAGGCGGAGCCCGAGUCUGGGCCCGGGCCUGAGUUUAAUUCGAAGGAGGAAGCUUUCGCAUUCUACCAAGCCCACGCGAAAUCUGUGGGUUUCUCUGCCAUAAUCAAAGCCAGCCGCCGAUCCCGAAUCUCCGGCAACUUCAUCGACGCCAAAUUCGCCUGCACUCGCUACGGCGCCCCACCAAGCCACAAGCCCAAACGGGCCCCUUCCCGGGCCAAAACCGAUUGCAAAGCCUCCAUGCACGUGAAACGAACACCCCACGGUACAUGGAUCAUCUCUUCUUUCAUCAAACACCAUAACCACCAAAUUUCCCCCAUUCACAGUAGCCCUAAUCCCAAUAAUAAUGUUAACAACAAGGCAAGUCCCUCAAGGAAACUCAAGGUUAAAAAAAUACCGCAAUACUUAACUUUCGCCCAAGGUGACCUUCAAUUUUUGCUCAACGCUUUCAUGUCUAUGCAAAAUGAAAACCCUAAUUUCUUUUUCGCGGUUGAUCUUAACGAGGAGCAGCGGUUGAGGAGUGUUUUCUGGGUGGACGCUAAGGCUAGGCUUGAUUAUAGACAUUUUAGUGAUGUGGUGCUUUUGGACACCACUCACGUUAAAAACGAGUGUAGAUUGCCCUUUGUUCCGUUUGUUGGUGUGAACCACCAUCUUCAGUUCUUGUUGCUGGGAUUGGCCUUUGUGUCUGAUGGGUCUGAAUCCACGUAUGCGUGGCUGAUGAGGAAUUGGUUGAGGGCAAUGGGAGGACUUGCUCCUAAGGUGAUGCUCACUGACCGUGAUGAAGUGCUGAAGAGAGCGGUUGCUCAAGUGGUUCCUGAGUCUUGUCAUUGCUUUUGUCUGUGGCAUGUGUUGGGUAAGGUUCCAGAGAAACUCGGUCGCCGUAUUCAUGGGCACGGUGGGGAGUUUAUGAGUGGAUUGAGUGAGUGUGUUUUGAGGUCUAGGACAAAGGAGCAGUUUGAGAAGAGGUGGGGGGAGAUGGUUGAGAGGUUUGACAUGGGUGAUGAGAGUUGGUUGUGUGAGAUUUAUGAGGAUCGGAAACAGUGGGUACCUGCGUUUAUGAAUGGCAGGGUUUUAGCAGGAAUGUCGACUGUGCAGAGAUCAGAAGCCAUGAACUGCCUGUUUGAUAAAUAUGUGCAGAGGAAAACUACUAUGAAAGAAUUUCUGGAGCAGUACAGAGUGGUGUCGAGGGGUAAGUGUGAGGAGGAAGCCAAGGCUGAUUUUGAAACUCUGCGUAGACAGCCAGCGUUGAAGUCCCCAUCACCUUUUGGGAAGCAAAUGGUGGAGUUGUACACCAAUGCAGUGUUUAAGAAGUUCCAGGGUGAGGUUUUGGGAGCUGUUGCUUGUCAUCCAAGGAAAGAGAGCGAAGAUGGGGCAAUGAAAAUGUUUAAGGUUCAGGAUUUCGAGGACAAUCAAGAUUUUGUUGUGACGUGGAAUGAAUCGACUUCAGAAGCAUCAUGCUCUUGCUAUUCAUUUGAGUUUAAUGGCUAUCUUUGUAGGCAUGUAAUGAUUGUGCUACAGAUUUCUGGUGUACAUAGCAUCCCACCUCGGUAUAUAUUAAAACGCUGGACAAAAGAUGCCAAGAAAAGAGAUCUGUCUGUGGCAGAUGUCGUUGUCUCUGACUCUAGGGCUGAGCGCUAUAAUAAUUUAUGUCAACGAGCUUUUGAGUUGGGUGAUGAAGGGUCUUUAUCAUACGAGACUUACAUUGCUUCUGUAAAGGCGUUGGAAGAAGCUUUGAGAAAGUGUGAGAACCUGGAUGGUUCAAUUCAGAGAGUCAGAGAACCGAACCUUCCAUGUUUUGGUUCUCAAGAGGUAAGCCCUGAACCAGAGAUCAUUGCUAUGGGAGUCGAUUCUAGCUGGCUGCAAAUGGAAAACCCCAAUGCACAAGCAGCUGGCCUUCCUUGUUCAUAUAAAUCACAGCAGAGCAUUCAAAAGAUGGAUCGACUGAACUCCAGGGCUCAGAAUGUGGAUGGCUAUUUUUCUACUCAGCGGAUUGAUUUUGGAAUGUGCCACCAAUUGAAUUCUGUAGCUGCUAUUCGUAAUGAUUAUUAUUGCAACCAGCAUGGCAUCCAAGACCGGGGACAGUUGAACUCAAUUGCAUCCAUCCAUGAUCCCUGUUACAUGGCCCCACAAAGGAUGCAACCGAUGGGUCAAGCCGAUGGAGGGUCAUCCUCACAGCCGCAUGGGAUGGAGGUAAAGGUGAAACAGCUAAAUUCAAGGCACCAGUCUCAGUGACUUAGGUUAUAGGCUGACAUUGUGUUUCAUACUUGUAUAUCAGCAUGUAAAUGUUUCAGUUAACGUUAUGCAUAUAUUAGAAAGUCAGAAGUCUUUUUGGCGAGCCUUGAUUACUUCCUGCCCUUUUAGCAGAGAUGUAGGACUUUUGUUUCUUAACUAGUGGAAAUGAAUCAUGCAGUACUAUAGCAUAUCAUUCUGGCACUA